UCACGCAAAUACUGUUUUUGUCUUGUCCCUGAAACAGAUCUCUCUCAUCAAUCAUCUCAAGAAGGAAGAAGAAGAUGAGCAGUGAAACAUUGUCGUUGACGAAGAAGAAGAAGGAAGCUUUGGGAUGGAUAGAGUUGAUCAGAGGAUGGGGUUGUGUUUUCCACGAGUUUCUCUUCCAAAGAUUCAUGGCGUCUCAUUUACAAAAUCCACUUCCUCUUCCUUCUCUCAAUCACCUCACCUGCAUUGUCACUGGCUCCACUAGCGGCAUUGGUCGCGAAACAGCUAGGCAGCUUGCAGUAGCUGGUGCUCAUGUUGUAAUGGCGGUGAGGAAUACAAAAGCAGCUCAUGAGCUGAUUCAACAAUGGCAGAAGGACUGGUCUGGUAAAGGCCUUCCUCUUAAUCUCGAGGCUAUGGAACUUGAUCUUCUUUCUCUGGGUUCCGUCGUCGAAUUUUGCAAUGUGUGGAACGCGCGAUUAUCCCCUUUGCAUGUUCUGAUCAACAAUGCCGGCAUAUUUUCCAUGGGAGAGGAACAGAAGUUCUCAAAGGAUGAAUAUGAGCAGCACAUGCAAGUGAACCAUUUAGCUCCAGCGCUGCUUUCACUACUCCUUUUGCCCUCGCUUAUACGAGGCACCCCAAGCCGGAUCAUUAAUGUGAAUUCUGUUAUGCACUAUGUUGGUUUUGUUGACCCGGAUGAUAUGAAUGUUGUUUCUGGGAAACGAAAGUUUACAAGCCUCGUUGGAUAUUCUGGCAGCAAGCUUGCACAGGUUAUGUUUAGCAAUGUUCUCUUGAAAAGGCUGCCACUAGAAACUCGCAUUAGUGUUGUUUGUUUAUCCCCCGGGAUUGUCCUAACAAAUGUUGCGAGGGAUCUACCAAGAUAUGUUCAAGUUCAAUACGCGUUGAUACCUUAUUUCAUCUUUUCGCCUCAAGAAGGUUGUAGAAGCACACUUUUCUCAGCGACAGACUCUCAGAUUCCAGAGCAUUGUGAAAAGCUAAAAACCGGCGAUAAGCCCAUUUGUACAUUCAUAUCUCAAGAUUGCAAGCACACAAAGCCUUCAGAAGAAGCACACAACGUAGAAACAGCGACCAGAGUUUGGGAAAAGACGAUAGAGAUGAUCGGUCUUCCUCUUGAUGCAUUGGAGAGGCUUAUAGAAGGAGAAGAGGUCCAAUGUCGGUAUGGGACUCAUCAACAAUAAGUGUUUCUCACAAGUCUUUUACAAGUCUCUCUCUUCUUUCCUCCAAUUUGUACUUGCUAGAAGAUUCUAGAAUUUGACCUUAAAGCUGCAUUACACUACACUACACACAUUCUAAACGAUGAAGGAUGAGAUCUAAGGGAAACUUAUUGACACUAAAAAAAAA